CCCUCAGUCAGUCAGCAGUCAAACAGGAAUGCAGAGAAGACCCAGAACAAAACAAACAAGACUGAUUUUCAGCACCUGAGAGAGACUAUCGUGAAGAACCGGGGCAACAACAGACCUCAAGGACAGAUCACCAUCACCCUUGCAGAAAAACGGCAUUCAGUCUCCAGAAAAAACAAACAAACAAACAAACUCUGAAAGCGCUCAAUCAGGACUGGAAACUCACAGCAUCCUAACAUCAACAAAAAUGAAGUACAUUAGUGUGUGUGUUGCUGCCACAGUUAUCAUUGCUUGCCUUUGUAUCUUGGAGACAUCAGCUGUUCCUCUCUCUGAGACACAGUCGGGUGAACCAAGCAACAAUGAGGCCCUGCCUGAGAUGGAAUUAACUGAGCGUUCAAUGGAGCGCCCUGUGUACUUCAGAGCGAAGCGUCACAGCCAUCUCUCUCUUUGCCGGUACUGUUGCAACUGCUGCCGUAACAAGGGCUGUGGAUUCUGCUGCAAAUUCUAACUCCUUGGAACAAUCCUACGUGGGACCAGGCCUGAAAGUAUUAAUUUAUUCAUGUCUUCUGACUCUACUAUCUGAUUCUUCUCUUGGUUCAAACUUGGACCAUUCUUGCGUGGAUAUUACACACCACAUCAAGGCGUGAAAAAACGUCUGAUAGCAUAUUUAUGUUCAUAUUAGCCUUGAGGUAAUUUCUGUAUUAAAAGUCUUUUUUUUUUGUAUUUAUGUUGGAAAUCAUAUGGUUUUUACAUGAACUCUUCCUUUUUAUAAAUAUGUAAAAUCUUUGUGUAAAUGGAAUGCAUGUGAGAUUUUUAAUAAAAAAAAAAUUUAACGAA